AUGUGCAUGGGAGCUACUUGCCCAGACUGCUCGAAGAAGUCGUGGCGCGGCUGCGGCAAGCACAUCCCGAGCGCCAUGUCCGGGGUCCCGGAGAACGACUGGUGCACGUGCGAGCCGAGGGUCGAGGUCGACGGUAAAUCAUAUCCUCACGCCGCCCCUGUGGCUAUACCCGGCGCGUCGUGGCUGGGCGGGCUGAUGGGCGGUGGUCAGAAGAAGGAGGGGAAGGAUGAGCUGUGA